AUGAGCAUGGAAGCCGACGAUCAAAUGUCUAAGGACCGGUCGUACGUCCCAGGACCGACUAUGCGUCCUAGGACCGGCUGUACGUCCCAGGACCAAUCAUACGUCCCAGGACCGACUAUACAUCCUAGGACCAGUCGUAUAUCCCAGGACCGGCUGUACGUCCUAGGACCAGCUAUACAUCCUAGGACCAAUCAUACGUCCCAGGACCGGUCGUGCGUCCUAGGACCGGUCGUGCGUCCCAGGACCGGUCGUGCGUCCCAGGACCGGUCGUAUGUCCCAGGACCGGCUGACCGGUCGUGCGUCCUAGGACCAGUCGUAUGUCCCAGGACCGACCAUGCGUCCCAGGCUAGGUCCCAGGACAGCUCUGUGGUCCCAGGACAGCUGGUGUGUACGCGGACGAUCAGUGUACGAGGACGGCCGCCAUGCGCCGAAGACUAUGUUGAAGGCAUCGCUAAUACUGGCCACAUCUACUUAUGCCUCGCCAAACUCCCUACACUACGUAACCCUAGCUUAAAACCUAUCUUUUCUAUCCCUAUUGAAGAGAUGGGCCGGAAUGGUGCCCUAAAGCAGAAUAUCGAUAAUCGCUACGCUGGUGUCGUUGUCGUCGUCCAGGCUCCACCAGGCUCCUUUAACUUCGCCGAUAUCCGCGCCGCCCUUUGCUGA